UUCAGCUCUGAGCGUCUACAGACGCGGUGUCUCUUCUAACUUUCUCUUUCUAGUUUCUUCUUUCCUUUUUUUUAUUAUUAUUUUUCGUUGCUGUUUCUUCACUUUUACUACCCCCAACAACAAACCAUCCUAAAACAAGUGCUAAUAAUUUAGUUACCUUAAAAACUACUAGUCUUAAUUUAAUCCCGAACAUCGAACGAACGAAAGCUGAUGCAAUGAAGCCAACAAAAACGACGAGUUCGUUUACACGGAAGAUGAUGAUGGCCUCGGAGCCGGCCAAUGGUACCAGCUUGCCGUCGGUCAUCCUGGGGUCGUCGUCGACGGUGGGAACCAGUUCCGCCUCUAAAUCCAUGUCUAGUCUGGCGCUCCGCGACCAGCAGCAUCAUCAAAACGUCGAAGGAGUCAAAGAGCGAAAAGAGCGACAGAUGCGACGCAUGGCGGCCGAAAUGGACGACCAACGAUCAAAAUUCGAACGCGACAAGGCGGAAGCAUUGAACCACCAGAAGGAGGCCAUGAACCGCGCCUUUCGUGUCCAGCUGGCCAAAUUGCUCAAAGAGAAGGAGGACCUGCAGCGCAAAUGUCAGACGCUGAUGCAACAGUCGAAGGAACCGAAUGGCAAGAUCCAAUCAAACGGGAUGACAACAACAGCCGCCAGCCAAGCAGCCGCCGAGACAAUGAAAUUAAUUCACGAGAACACCAUUUUGCGCAACGAAAAAAAGAAACAAGAAGAACAAUUACAGAUGAUGAGGGAAAGUGAGCAACACCGGUUCGAAAAUAUGCGGAGUCUAUUGGAUGACAAGGCUCGCGAGCUGAUAACGUUCCAGAAGCAGUUACGUCAACAAAUCGCCCGUUUGCGUGAGGAAUCCAAAACCAAAGAUCGCGUCAUUUCGCACCUGGAAGCCGAACUGCGCAUGCAAACCGGACGGGCCCAGCAAUUCCGCGACAUCCUCGAACAGUCGCUCCUCACGGCCAACCGUAGCAGCAUUUCCGGUCAACAGAACACCCAUAAUGAGCGUGAUGAACUGAUUGCCAGCGAACGUAAACUACAAGUCCUCGUGGAUGACCUUCGGGAGACGAUGCGGCAUCAGCAAGACACCUUCGCUCACGAAAAAAAAGAACUGCUUCGCCGGUUAAGUGAGACGGAACGUCAGCAAGGUUCGCUGCGCCAGAAGAACAAGCAGGUCCUGACCCGCAACGUCCAGUUGGCCGUCAAGAGCCAAGAGUUGGCCGAAACAGUCAAGACCCUCCAACAAGUUCAACAGCCAGCCGGCGCAAUGUCGACGACACCCGACACCACUAAUUUGAAGAGAAGCUUGACAAGACCAAACGUUAAUCAACUAGGAUCACCAUCCAAGAAUGACAAGCAACGCAGGAUGGAGUACGUCCAACAAAUCCAAAAAUUACGCAAAGAGCAACGCUACUACUCCAUGUGGGAAUUGCCGCCAUUGCUUGAAGUAGACACUGAUGGCCUGGGCUCUGAUGGCAACGUUGACUCGGAUGGUUCCUUGUCUCCCGCUGCUACCUCGGGCGUUACAUCCUGCUCGUCCGAUUCGGCCUGGAGCGAGGACACGCGGCGCGAAUUGGAAAUGUUGUUCUCGCAGCUGUCGCGCGAGCAUUCUGACCUGCAGCGUAACUACCAACUGCUCCACGAAAAGCUGCGCCAGCUGACGUGUUUCUCGGACGCCGAUGCGGCCAACGUCAACUACGCCACACUGCAGGCCGAUUACAACGCGGCCAGGGCCAGGAUCCGCGACCUGGAAGAGAUCCUCCAGUUGAAAAACAGCCGCGAAAGAGAGGCUAAUGAAGGCGCUAAAGCCGGGAACGUGACAGUUGUCCCGUCUCUGCUGGAAAUCCAGGCGAAAUUUGUGCGCGAAAAGCAUAUCCAGCAGACGCAGAUGGCCAUCUUGGUCAAACGGCUGGAAGAGGCCAAAGAGCGCCACCAAUCCGUGCAAGCUGAAUUGAGUGAAGCGCGAGAUCAGAACGAGUUGCUCGAGUUCCGCAUCCUGGAACUGGAAGAGAUGCAAGAAAGGGCGCCGUCACAAUGCUCGACUGACCAGCGAGACCGUAAGGACGUGUGCACCGACACGGAUUCUGAUGAUGUGUCGGUGGGUGAUUCAGGCAUUACAUCACUCGCUUCACUGAUGGUCGAGUGUCCAUCACCAGUCUUGCCCAGGAGCCCGUGCAGUAGCGGAUCGUCUUUGGACUCUGAUUAUUUAGGCGAAAAGAUCUCGUCUGUCAAAGCUGAACUCCAGUUGAUGGUCUCUUCACUGAGCGAUCCGUCCCAGAAAACGGUGCUGGCCCAGCUUCAGGCGCUUUUGGGCGUUUGCCAAUCUCGGCUGGCCCACAAGAGUCCCAACACCAGUGAGGCAUGCACUACGAACUGGGAUUGGCAACUGCAAGAGAGCGGCAUCUUCGAAGAAGAUCAUCACAGCUCUGUGGACGGAUCCACGCAGACGGAAUCGGUUCAAUGUGAAUCCCAGAACGGGGAUGUCAGCAUCCGGGUAACUGUACCGUUACCACUUUGCGGCCGUGUCAUGGAAGAUAAAGAAGUUCAGAUGGAUUCGGUAGAAAUGGAUCACAAAUUCGUGCAAGCAGUUGCCAAUGUCCAGGAUUUUGCGACUCAGACUGAUCCCAUUAUUAAUGACAUCUUCAAUGAAGAGAAGAAAACGUAUCGAGAUCAGGCCGUUCAGGCGUUUGAACAACGGCACGACGUCAUGGAGGGAUUCUGUCAGACAGAGGGAGAAAUUAUGACUCUGGCCGAGUUCCGCGACGUAGAAAGCUACUACGUCCAGCAGGUGGAAAUGUUGCAGAAAGAGAAGGCGAGUCAUCGUAAAAAGUUCCAGGCCAGUCGCGACGAGACGGCCAAAUCGGUGCAACAGCUGGAACUGUUGGGCCGGCAGUUCCAGGAGCGCGAGAGGCAGUUUGAGGAGAUCCUACAGAAGAAUUGCCGAGCUUUCGAGCGGGAACUCGAGGCGGCCCGCAACAUGAACGACAACGAGCUCUCUACGCUGAAAGAAUGCCUCCAGCUCGUCUGGCAUGAAGUCAAGGACUAUGCGAGCGUGACUGACAUGCCGAAAACAUCGGUCAUGGAGUUUACCCAGGCUUUGAUCAGUUCACUUCAUGGUGUUUGUAGCGAGCUCGGCCAACUGAGGAUCCGCGUCAAUGAUCUUGCCGAAAUGGAACAGGCUUUCCAGACGACGUUGCGACAAGCUGACGGUUUAGUUCACAGUAUGGAAGAAAAACAUUUGCAGCGCAUCAGAGAGCUAGAGCUAACAGAAAAGCAAUUAAGGAAUCAGCUCAGUCAACAAGUUGGACGUCAUUUAGACGACGAUAUGGAUGGAAGCCUUGAAAUCAAAAUCCAAGAACUGGAGCUCGAGAAGGACGCCCUGUCGUUGCAAGUCGGAAAGUGCCAAGAGUUGGAAGACUAUUGCCAGCAACUUCAUGGCCGGCUAGAAGAAUACGAACACCGUGAACGAAGUUUCCAUCAAGCCGUUCAGGACGCGGAGCGUCGCUUCUCCUCCAGAGAGCAAAGAUAUCGUGAAGAAAUCCAGCUGAUGCAAGCAGAAUUAGAAAAGUGCCGCGAAAAUGAAACGACGUGGCGUCAACGACUGGAACAAAGAGACGGUCAACUAGGCCUCAUGAGAAGUGAAUUAGAGGCCGAACAAAAGACCAUUGCCGGCCUAGAGGUAGAAGUCAAGGAGUUGCAAUCCAAAUUAGACAAGGAUGACACCUCAUUCAGGAACGAGGUGACCAAGUUGCGUUCGCAGCUCACUACCUCCCUGGCACAGUUGAAUGAGCUUGAAUCACUCAACUGUCAGCUUCGUGAGAAAAUCGUCGAAUAUCAGAACACGAUUUACUCUCUGCAGAGAAGUUUGGACGAAAAGAACUGCCAGAAUGGAACCUUGGCGGCUGAAAAUAGCCGACUAGCGCAGGCUCAGAUGGAAAUGAUGAGCAUGUCGAUGGUCGCCUUGGGCAAGCCCUUAACUGAAGAGCUCCUGGAAAUUGAGUCGGACGAGGGUUGCAUGUCAUCCGACCCUGUCGUUGUAGCGGACGCAGCCACCGCUUCCUUGGACGACUUCCAAGAGAUUUCGUUGCCUACCACGCCCACUGUAGUAGACGGCUGUAACAACGUCUUCGAGGAACAUUUCAAAGUGCUGGAGUCGUUAGAGAAUUAUUUGGAAUCACAGCAUCUAAUUGGGGCAACAGUGGAGGAUAACGAUGAGUCGGGAAUUUCUACAUCACCUUCCAUCCACGAGAACGAGAACUUUGCGCUGUUGGAAGCUCAAUUGGCGCAGCUUCGAACCGAAAAGCACUUUUUGCUCAAUUCGGUAGUCAACAGUCAAAAGAAGGAUGAAAUGAUUCAGAUCCUCGUUAACCAACUCAAAUAUAAUGCACCUCGUCAGUACCUGAUUGAGACGGCGGCGCAUAUUCGCAAAAUUGCUACAAAUGGCGAUUGCGACACGAGUCAACAUCGCACGCAUGAUAAAGAUAUCGAUCGGGUUUGCAAUAUGCUGGAAGCCCCUAUCGAUCUGACCGAUGUAACGACUGAGGGUUGUAACCUCAUAUCACAGCAGCCCUCGGCGCCUCCCAACUGCAAUUAUGAUGUCGUCAUCCCCCACAAUAAAGUAGUCCGCCGCCAGACAACUGUAACCGUUCUGCCCGAGGAGGAUCCACUUCUCUCCCCACCCUCCGAUCUUAAAAUUACGCGCAAGGUCGGCACAGAUGGACUUGUGAUAGCUUGGCUACCUUCCCCGGAUGCCGAAUGCGUGGGAUAUCUAAUUUGCGUCAACGGCCAAGAAGCUCACCGAGGCCGGAAUGCCCAGAGGACCAAAGCGGUGUUGAGUGGCCUGGACUUGCAUAGCGAGAUGGAUAUCUGUAUUUAUUCGUUGUCCGUCGACGGGCUCGUUUCCAGUCCGACCACCGCCCUCUACUUGCCUGACGAACGGCUAACAGCCGCUGACGUUGCCACUCAUCAUCAUCACGUUGCUGGCGACGCGGAUUUGGCUGAGCCGAACCAGGCGGUCGAGGUGAGCAGUCCGCGGGAAGUGGUCGUUCAGACGUUUUAUACCAACUCAUCCGUUACCAUCAGGUCGUCGCGCAGAGUAACCGCUCCUGUUACUCACGCAUCCCGCUUACCAGUUCGACCGACUUGCGUGCCGUGAUGGAACCACUGUGCUUCACUUCUUCCUUAUAAUUCUCAUGUUAUUUGUUUACUUUCGCGUUGUCCAUAAAAAAAAUUUUAAGCGCAGUAUUUGCCGUAUAACAUAAUUCAGGAGCUCUCUAUUUCAAAAAUAUUACCACAUUCAGUAAGUAGGUUUGUUUUUAUGACAUUAUACAUGAGGUUGAUGAUUGAUUCGUAAUUGUAUGACGCUAAAAGAAAAACGACUUACGCGGAGUAAUAAAUCGUAAUUUGAUCGCCA